AUGAAAAUCCAAAAGACUUACGAAUCUCUUUUAAAAGAUUCCUCUAAAUCAGAUAAAUAUAUUGAGGAGCUUUAGAGAAACAACUUCAAAGCAAGAAUUGAAGACUGGGACGCAUUUAUAAAUUUGCUUCAUGACAAGAAGCUAAAACCUGAAAGCGAAGUUGUUCUUGUUAAUUACUUAAGCUCCAAUAUUUUAGAAAACGAAUACCAAAAUACAUUAAAUAAUACUCAAGAUUCUAAGAUCAUACUCAAUCUCCUUAACAUCAUAUCAUUUAAGAUCAAGUCCCAAACUGAGGAGUUAAAGCGCAUGCUAAGUAUUCCCUAUGGUACAAUUUACUGCUAUUUGAGUCGCAAAAUUUACAAAAAUUUAUAAGAUUUCAAUGAAUCUCACAAGAAAAUAAAAUAGAGAAUAGAAGAAGAUGGUAAGCACUUAACUAAAUUGCUUGAAUUUUGCUUUAAGGAUGUUAUUGUUAACCAAUCCAGCGCCAGCAACGAUUUACAAUAUAUUUAGCUUAUCAAGCCUUUCUUGUAGCAAUUCAAUAAGAUACUUUCAAGUCAGCCACACAUUUUUAAAAAUUAAGCCAAGUUUAUUGAGCAUAUCCUAUUUUAAGCUUUAGAAUACAAAAGCUCUUCUUAGUAAGAGCUUGUUCUACUUCCAGAAAGCUUAUAGGAUGAGGUCGUUUUGUUAUUCUCUAGCUUGCCUAAGAGUAUUAAUACUGUUGCAGCUUACCCUGAACGUGUUAAGUAUUUCCUCAACAGAUAUAUUAAUAACUUUUAUUAUGGUUUUCUUUUUGUUUGCCGUGGUGUUUCUUAGGAAGAUAUUCUUCGCAACUAUUCAUAUGAAGAUGGAUUUGCUGCUUAACCUACUUUUAUUUUUGAUUGGGAAUCUCUCAAAGCCACAACUAAUAACUCUAACGAAGUAAAGACUGCAGUAUAAUCCCGUAUGAGAUUAUUGUCUAAGCUCAUUCGCUCAACAAUGUCUCAUAUAAAGGAAGAUUCUGUUCAUAACUGGAACAUGUUAAAUUAUCUUAAGAUAAUUGAAAAUAUUCUCUCUUUAGAUUCUAAGCACCUCGAAAAGAAGAUUUCUACCAAGAAGGCAUAAAAAGAUGCUCUUUCAAAUUUAGAAUCAUUACUCGAUAGCAAAUUAGUUAUUAGCAAAGACGAUUAUGAAGAAGUAUCUUACAGUAUAAAAUGCAUGGCUUUGAAAAUUUUAAAUGGAUUUAUCGAAGUUAGUCAACAAGGUUUUGUGAAAUAUUCAGAGUGGCUUUACAAUGCUCUUUACUUCAUAACUAUUAACUAUGAGUCCAACUAUUCUAUAACUAAAAAUCUCCUUAAGACUUGUGUUGUAAUUCUUCAAACUUGUGGAAGUAUAUUUUUCGAAUUUGGUGAAUAUCUUCUCUAUUAAUCUCCUCUAAAUCCUUUAGAAUUAUUGUAAUAAUAUUACGGAAAUUACUUAAAACAGUACAAGCAAGCAGCCAAUACAGAUACUUCAGCAGCUAUUGAUGAAAUGAAUUUCCGUAAAGAUAAAAAAGGUAAAAGAAUUGUUAAUGAAAAUUCUACUUUGCAAUAAGAUUUAAAGAGUGGCGGUGACAGAAUAGUAAUCCGUGAAACUGGAAUUGUCUUAACUAAACAAGUUCUUGAAAAUGAAUUAAUUCGUACAAUGAAUGAGAGCUAGUUCAAUAGCUUAGCUUAAUAAAUUCUGCAAACUAUUUCUUUAUUCUUGUAAAAAUGCGGCCGUUUAUAAAUAAAGCCAGAAUUAAUUGCAAAUCUUGAUUAAUGCUUCAGUAAAAUUAUUUCCUAUCCCAGAGUUUUUGCUUUCUCACCUAACGAUAACAAAGAAGUGUUCCUUCAAUGUUUGGAAGCCCUUUUAAUGAACAACAUCUUGAAAUACGAAGAAUCAUAAUUAAUUGGUGAAUUUGAUCUUUUCUACUAAUAAUACACUCUAGCUGAAAAAUAAUUAGAAUAUGUCUCUAUUUGCUAGCAAGUUAAAAAUCGCAUCUAUUGCAUUCGUUAGAGCAAGCGUCUUAGUUUCAUAGAUAAUUCUAUUGAUUUGUAAAAUUACUUUGAAAAACGUCAUUAGCAAUUGUAAAAUGACAGAAACAAUGAAACCCAAGCUGAAGAAUCUGCAUUAAUGAGUGAAGCUGAUUUAUCUACAAAAUAUUAAACUACAAAUCUCUCAAAUAAACUUCCACAAUCUUCAAAUUUCUCUCAAGAAGCAUUUAAAAACUGUGAAUUAAAAAAGACACUGACUGAAGAAUUAUAUCCCCAAAGAAACUUAGAUGAAAACGAAUCAUGGGGAGAAGUUAUCCAAAAUAAUGGUAACAAUAAUCACUCUGAAAGAGAAUCAUCUCCUCAAUAGAAUGGUUAAGAAAUCAAUCUCAAAAGAAACUUUACAAAUUUAAUAAGCAGUGAUAAAGAAUAGAAUAAUAUAGUUACAGAUGUUGUUUAAAAAAAGUAAUAGUUAGACUAGAAUAAUUAUAAUGAAUUAAGUAAGUAAUAGUCCUUACUCAGUAACAAGGCUACUAUUAGUUCUGGAAGUGAGUCCGAAGCUAAUCGUUUGAAUCAAAUUCCAAGCUAAUCAAAUAAAGCUCCUAUUUUCUUUGGUUAGGCUACAACCAAUACAAACAGUCUAUUUUAAAAACCUGCAUUUAACUAAGCUUCUUCUUCCUCAUUAUUUAAUAAAGCUUAAGAAUAAUCAGAUAAGUAAAUUGAACAAAACACAAACGAUAACUAAAAUGAUAUCUAAGAAGAAGAUAACGAAGACAUGGUUUUAUAACCUGUUCUUGAUUUAGACUGA